AUGCCGCCUGCGACCACUCAAGGCAGUUCAUCUCAGAAACUGGUCUCGCCCGGAUUCAACGCCGGCGCCAGACCCUACCGUUCGCACAAGGUCAGGGCGUGCGAUCUGUGUCGCAAGCGCAAAUCGCGAUGCACCGUGGACAUCCCCGGUCAGUCGUGUCUUCUAUGUCGAGUGCAGGGAGCCGAUUGCCAUUACCAGGAAGAACCAGCGACCCAUGACCCGUCGGUUCCCAAUGGGUCGGAUGCGAAAGCAUGGUCCGUGGAUCAGAUCGGGGAUGACAUGCGAUCAGGUCAGAAACGCAAGCGCGAGACAACCAGUAACUCUCCUCCCAACACCAGUCGCCGACGAGACAACACCGAUUCCGUUAUCGACAGCCGCGGAAGCGAACCCUCCCGACUCGGAGUCGAUGACCCUCAUAACCAAUCGGUCCACAUCGUUGGACCGGUUGUCGCCGACGAUGCGCAAGUGAUUGAGAAGUAUACGGAGCGUUCGAAUAAGAACGUGGAGCCGAAAAGUCACCCAUACAAUGUGUAUUCCAACGACCCGCGGAAACCGAUCCUCUAUACCACCGUUUCAAGACGCAGACAGGGCAUGCGCGUGGGCGUACCACCGGGAGAAAAUCAGAAAGAAAUUUUGGAGCAAAUACUCGGUCCCUUCAGGCACGAUCUCGUUCGUCUAUUCAUAGACAAGUUCAAUAUCGCGUUUCCUAUUUUCGACGGGGAGAGUUUCUGGGAUGCCUAUAUUUCAGAGACAACAGGGGACCCCCCAGCGUCUCUUAUUUGCCAGGUGUACUCCAUGUCUCUGGUUUACUGGAAGCAUACUCCAAAACUUGCCUGUCAUCCCAAGCCGGACGUGCGAUAUGCCGUCAAUAUGACUGUUGCCGCACUUCAUGAAGAGUUCUCCGCACCAGGUCUGUCGACGAUCAGCGCCGCGUUGAUCGAUCUCACCGGUCGUCCGAUAUUCUCCAUGACCGGUAAUGCGAUCAGCUGUGGUCGGAUGAUCUCUCUCGCUCAUUGUCUCGGCCUGAAUCGGGACCCCAGUCACUGGAAGCUAUCCCGCCGUGAGAAGGAUAAUCGCAUCCGAUUAUGGUGGGGUGUGGUCAUCCAUGAUCGCUGGGGAAGCUUUGGCCACGGAGUACCUCCACAGAUCGCCCGGAAUCAAUACGAUGUUCCUCUUCCUACCGUUGACACCCUGUUGCCACAGACGAAUCGCACUACAGAGCGCAUGCGAGCUGCGCAUUGUCACAUCGCUCUCUGUCGGCUCACAGAAAUCCUGGGAGAGCUCCUACCACUUGUGUACGGACUGCAGCAACGCUAUGCCCGCGAGACCACCAAAAAAGUCAGACAGAUCCGGACAGAUCUGGAUAUGUGGGAGGAUUCCCUUUCUGACUGGUUAAGAUCGCCUGCUGUAAACACCGCAGAGGAGCGAAUUUCGGGGACAAGCAGUCUGCAUUUGGCGUUCCUGGCUGUCAAAAUGCUUGUCAGCCGGGUUGAGCUCACCGAAGUGAAUAAUGCCGAGACCGACAAUCCAGAAGCGCGCCGCUACUUCCAAACCGAAUGUCGUAGGUCGGCGGAGGAGAUAGUUGACUUCAUCUCCUCGCUCCGGAAGGAUAACUUCCAGGAGUUCUGGCUGCCCUACAGCGCAUUCCACCUCACCUCCACAGCGACCUUACUCGUCCGCUGCGCCCUCGAAACAACCGACAACGAGGUCGCUCGUGCCUGUCUCGCCAAGGUCGAAGCGUUCCGGUCAAUACUAUCCCGCGUUCGCGAAGAAGAAGACUGGGAUGUGGCGGACAUGUGCCUGGAUCACUGCGAGCGAAUCCUCAACCGGCUCCCUGGCACUGGAGCCACGUUCGAUCUGGCCUUCAACGGGCAGCCCGAUAACCGUCUGGUCAACCCCGCGGCGAUAUCGCUGCCUGAGACGCAGACAAAUAAUGAUAUCGUCGACGACAUGAUGUCCAUCUCGAAUACGUUCGGUACCAUGGACGGGUUCCCCUUCGAUAUGACGGGUAUCUGGGACGUAUCUGUUUUCCAGGACGUCAACCUGACUUGA